CGCCUUCAACCCAUCAACAAUUCUACUUGAACAUAUCUUAUCAAAACAUCUCACCUGGUGUGAGAUGAUCAUGAUAUUUCCAGCUUGAUCAAUAUGCCAUUGUGGUUAGCAGCUUUGGAGGUAAAGAUGCUCCAUACAGCAUAACGUGUUCCCGUUUUACUGACGAUUAAUUCAGGCAUGGGCAGUCGCACGAGUUCGUAUCCCACUAUAUCGACGUGAAAUUCCUAUUGCUUACAGAUUUCUAGCUCCUAAGAAGUCCUACCUUUCAUAGUGCAGUUCGCAACAUCCACAAGAGAGUUCACGAAGCUCGUCAUGGCAAGGACCCCUCUGAAAUCGGUGGUACCAACAUCGAUGACCCGGAGAGGUCAAGUCGAUUUUUUAAAUACUUCAAGGACGAACUCAAAGAACAAUUCUGGGGCAGACCACCACCUCGAAAAUAACUGCUAUCCCGUUACCUCUGGAACAAUGCCAUUUGCAUGGUGAAUAAUAUGAUAACACGAGUGGGUCAACGGUCUAGGACGAACGGCGUAUAUGGAGAUUAUAUGGCGUUUGGCAAAUAAUACCGGUCCAUGGUUUGGGUAUUGAGUACACAAUAUUACAAUUUGAUUUUCUCUCCUUCAUCU